AUGAAAGACGAAAUUCAAGAGAAGGCGGCCUUGGAGGCUCUCGGUCAAACAACAAACAUUACCGGUGUUGUCGACUCGACCACCACCCCAAAAUCCGCCGAGAGCGACGACAGCAGCAAAGCAGCAACCAAGGAGAACGUCGAAAGCGAAGAGGUCAAAGGAAGCCUUCGCGACUAUGCUCGUAUCUUCACCUUUUCAGAUCGACUUGAUCGCUGUCUAUAUACAGUGGCGUUGCUCUGUUCUGUGGCGUCUGGUGCGGCAUUACCUCUGAUGACGCUCGUCUUCGGCCAAUUCACGACAGACUUCAACAAUUUUGCAACAAAUCGAGUCUCAGCCGAUGAGUUCAGAGAUCGUGUCGAUCACUUCACUCUAUACUUUGUGUAUCUGUUCAUCGGGCGACUGGCACUGGCCUAUACAUCCAAUGUGUUGAUAAACAUCGCCGCCACUCGAACGACACGUGCCCUUCGUCUGGCUUUUCUGGAGUCUACGUUGAGACAAGAGGUCUGGCAUUUCGACAAUCAAGCCAAUGGCUCAGUCGCCACGCAGGUCACCACCAAUGGAUCACGAAUCACCCAGGGCAUAUCCGAAAAGCUUGCUCUUCUUGUGCAAGCAAUCUCGCUUUUCUUCUCUGCUUUCAUAGUCGCUCUCGCGGUCCAGUGGAAACUAGCGUUGAUUACGAUGAGCGUCAUACCUGCAUUAGUCCUGGUCGUUGGCCUCUGUGUAUCAGCCGAUGCGGUUAUCGAAGCUCGAGUAAUUAGGAUUUAUUCAGCGGCGGCAGUGCUGGCCCAAGACGCCCUAAGUUCAAUCAGAACUGUCAAGGCCUUUGGUGGGGAGGGGAAGAUUCUGCAGAGUUACGACGCCUUCCUCGCGCAAGCUCAUACAGAGGGCAACAAAAAGUCUCCUAUCUAUGUUGUGUUGUUUGGAGUUGAAAACUUCCYUGUUUUGUCCACGACUGCUCUUGCCUUUUGGCAAGGCUAUCGCAUGUUUGCAAGCGACGAAAUCCUCAAAGUUGGUACCGUUUUCACCGUUGUUCUAUCUGUCUCCAUCGCGACCACGUCAAUCUCCCAGAUAGCACCUCAGCAACUGGCCAUCACCAACGCGUCAUCGGCUGCAUCGGAGCUUUUGGCCUCCAUCGACAAACAAAGCCUUCUUGAUCCUCUAUCAGCUGAUGGGAAACAACCGGCUUCUGUCGCUGGACAAAUUGAGAUCCGCAAUCUCACUUUCGCUUAUCCUUCCAGGCCGUCUGCUCCAGUCCUCAGAGGACUUGACAUCUCUCUGCCAGCAGGGAAGACCACGGCGCUGGUUGGACCCUCAGGCUGCGGAAAGUCCACGUUGAUCGGAUUGUUGGAGAGAUGGUAUCAGCCUAGCGGAGGGGACAUCACCCUAGAUGAUUGCCCCAUUGAGGAUUACAACGUCAAGUGGCUGCGCAGCACAGUCAGGCUAGUGCAGCAGGAACCUGUCCUCUACCGGGGUACGAUUUAUGAGAAUGUUGCAAAAGGGCUUGUAGGAGACCAAAAACAGGCGCCCAUUGAGAAACAGAGGCAACUGGUGGAGGAAGCCUGCAAACAGAGCAACGCACAUGACUUCAUCAUGAACCUACCAGAGGCAUACGAUACCCAAGUUGGAGAGAGAGCAUCGAUGUUGAGUGGUGGCCAACGGCAACGGGUUGCCAUUGCGCGGUCCAUCAUCUCCAACCCGAAAGUUCUACUUCUCGACGAAGCGACAUCAGCACUUGACCCCACAGCAGAGAGGGCUGUUCAAGAUGCCUUGGAUCGCGUCUCGGCAGACAAGACUACUCUUAUAAUCGCCCACAAGUUAGCUACCGUCAAGGCAGCAGAAAACAUCGCCGUUAUGGCCGAGGGAAAGGUGGUCGAGCAGGGAACUCAUGAAGAGCUGAUUGAGAGAGGCGGUCUGUACGCCGCCAUGGUCCAAAGUCAGGAUCUUGGCUCAAAGUCAGGCGACCCGGAUCCUGCCGUGGAGGACGAUGAUGAGACUCCCAACCUGGAGCCCACAACGUCACUAGAAAGGACGAAGACCGAAGCAGACCCUGUGGCUGCCGUUGAGAAGCUCACUGCAGGGACGCUUAACUACGGCUUAGUUCGAUGUUGCUAUUUGCUGUUCAUGGAGAACUAUCGCGAACUAUGGUGGUGUUAUCUCAUAUCUAUCAUCGCAUGCCUGGUCGCUGGAGGAUACUAUCCUGCACAGGCGAUCUUGUUUUCCCAUCUCAUCAAUGUUUUCACCAUCGAAGAUCGACAGCAAGCGCAGGAUCGAGUCAACUUCUUUGCGCUCAUGUUCUUCGUCCUUGCUAUCACGAGCUUCACGGCAUAUGCUUUUAUUGGUUGGACUUGCAAUGUGAUCGGACAGACUGUGACGCAUCGCUAUCGGAAAGAAUUGGUUGAACGAUUCCUAUCAUUCGAUCAAGACUUUUUUGAUCGUCCUGAAAAUUCUUCCGGAAACAUCACUUCUAAGCUCUCUUCUGUCCCGAGCUCUCUCCAGGAGCUCAUCUCCGCCAACAUUCUACUCAUUUUCAUUGUGCUGGUCAACAUUUGUGCUUCCUCCAUCGUCGGCAUUGCAUUUGGAUGGAAACUCGGCCUUGUCGUGGUGUUCGGUGGUGGACCAUUUCUGAUUGGAUCUGGAUAUGUCAGGAUUCGAAUGGAUCAGAAGCUGGAGGCUCAGGCCGGAGAGCGUUUUGCAGAGAGCGCAAGUCUUGCCACUGAGGCUGUGACGUCCAUUCGAACUGUCGCUUCACUCACUCUGGAGUCAGAGAUAUUGGAGGAGUACUCCAAAUCGAUGGACCUCAUCGUGCGUUCAGCAACACGAGGCUUCCUCUUCACCAUGGUACCCUAUGCCUUGUCGCAAUCUGUCGACUUCCUGGUGCUUGCGCUGGGGUUCUGGUAUGGAUCAAGACUCUUGGCAAGCGGCGAGUACUCAACGACUCAAUUCUUCGUGGUGUUCAUCGCAGUCGUYUUCGGCUUCCAAGCAGCAGGUCAAUUCUUCGGGUACUCGACAUCGAUAACAAAGGCCGCCGGAGCUGCCAACUACAUCCUCUGGCUCAGAACGGUACAGCCUAAGAUCGCAGAAACCACAGAGAACAUGCGAAAGGGUCCUCCUGACGACGACUGUCCGCUCGAACUGGCGGAUGUUCAUUUCAGGUAUCUCCAGCGGAACGCUUCGCGAGUUUUACGAGGCAUCAGCAUCAAGAUUGAGCCGGGAACUUAUURUGCCUUUGUCGGUCCUUCAGGCUGUGGCAAGAGCACGCUCGUGGCACUGCUUGAACGCUUCUACGACCCGAUCUCCGGCUGCAUCAUGCUUGAUGAGGAGAACAUUGCCAACAUGUCACCCCGACUGUACCGCAGACACAUCUCAAUGGUACAACAAGAACCUCCUCUAUACAAAGGAUCAGUCCGGAUGAAUAUCUGUCUUGGCCUUCAACACGAGCCUACAGACGAAGAAGUACUGGAUGCAUGUCGGCAAGCCAACGCAUUCGAUUUCGUUACUUCACUUCCCGAGGGACUAGAUACAGAGUGCGGUUCCAAGGGCUCGGCUUUCAGUGGCGGCCAGAAGCAACGAUUGGCAGUAGCCAGAGCUCUCAUUCGUAAGCCGAAUCUGCUUCUGUUAGACGAGGCAACAAGUGCACUGGACACACAAAGCGAGCGAAUCGUUCAAAAGGCGCUCGACGCGGCAGCCUCCAGCCGAACUACCAUCGCGGUGGCACAUCGGCUUAGUACCAUUCGCCAUGCGAGUGUGAUCUUUGUCGUUGCAGAAGGCAAGAUUGUGGAGUCUGGUACGCACGAAGAAUUGCAGGCGCUGAGAGGGCGUUAUUAUGCCAUGUGUUUAGCGCAGAGUCUGGAUCAGGCAUGA